CAGCGGAAACGCCCGUCUGAAGUCCAAAGUGCCCUUUUGAGGCGUCACCUCCUGGAGCUCACCCAGAGUUUCAUUAUUCCUCUGGAGCAUUAUAUUGCAAGUCUGAUGCCGCUGCAGAGGGCCAUUACUCCAUGGAAGAAUCCUCCGCAGAUUCGUCCUUUCCGUCAGGAAGAUUUCAUGAAGACCCUUGAGCAUGCUGGUCCCCAACUCACCUGUGUACUGAAGGGUGACUGGUUAGGCCUGUACAGGCGUUUCUUCAAGUCUCCCAACUUUGAUGGCUGGUACCGUCAGAGGCACAAGGAAAUGACCCAGAAGCUGGAGGCCCUUCAUUUGGAGGCGAUCUGCGAAGCGAACAUCGUGGCCUGGAUGAAGGACAAGAGUGAGGUGGAGAUUGUAGACCUGGUGCUAAAACUUCGUGAGAAGCUGGUACGCGCCAGGUGCCAGCACCUCCCUGUGAAGGAGGAAACGCUGCAGCGCGUGGCUCUGUAUAUCGACACCAUCAUUGGCUCCUUGCCGGAGGAUCUCCAGACCGUGCUGCACCACCACUGAGCGCGGGGAAGGGACUCUGUUGGAGAAGGAAGGGCCCUCCCACCCGGCUCCGAGCUGCGGGCAGCUGCCGGUGCCUUUGGAAAGGAAAGUUCUUCCCUGGUCCAGCC